CGGGCGGGCCCGGGGGAGCUGUAAAGCGGCCGCUAUUCGGCCGGGCCCCUCCCCAGCACGGAGCCCCCCCCCCCCCCGCCCCCCCUCCGAUCCCCCCCCUUUCCCCUCCCCCUCCUCCUCCCCGCCCCUCGCGCGGCCCGAGCCCGCGAGCGCUGCCGGCCCGGCCUGCCGCCGCCAUUGGCGGGGGUGCGCCAGCCCCUCCCCCGGCCCGGCGCCCCGCUGCCGCCCUGGAGGUUCCUCAACGGGCAUCAGAUAAAAUGAUGGAAUGGAGAAAUUGUUUUCGUCAUGGAUAAAGACUUUAUGAGCAGCAGCAGCAGCUUUUGUUUUUCAUGAGCUGAAGCUUCCUCUUUAAGAGGUGCGGUGCUGUGAAAACUGUUGGUGACCACAGAAAAAAAUGGACGUGUUGCAGAUACUACGUAAAACCACAGAGUGCUUAGAGUGUGAUCACUGCAACUUCAGAGGAACGGACUAUGAGAACAUACAGAUUCAUAUGGGUACCAUACACCCAGAGUAUUGUGAUGAAAUGAAUGCUGCUGGUUUGGGUAAACUUAUAUUUUAUCAAAAAAGCGCAAAACUGUUUCACUGCCACAAAUGUUUCUUUACCAGCAAGAUGUAUUGCAACGUGUAUUAUCACAUCACAGCACAGCAUGCAGCACCUCAGAAGUGGAAUGAGGAACGGAAAGGACAGGCAGAAGGAGAUUCGGAGCCCUCCAAAAACAGCGUCACAUUGGAGCCACAGAAACCUACAGUUUCCCCUGAGACAGGCAAACCCUCCCUUUCUCCUGAACUCCCCAAAUCUGAACCUGUUGUUUCCCCUAAGCUUCAGAAAUCUUCAGUAUCUCCAGAGCCCCAGAAAUCGGCUCAGGCAACUUCCUCAGAGUCAGAGCAGUCAGCCCAGGCUAUGUCCCCAGACCCAGAAAAGUCAUCCAAGGCCACGUCUCCAGAUGUGGAGAAGUUAGCCUCAGCUGUAUCCUCAGACUCAGAGAAGCCAUCUCCAUCUGUGUCCCCCGACCCACAGAAGCCAUCUCCUGCUGUCUCUCCUGACCCACAGAAGCCAUCUCCUGCUGUGUCCCCCGACCCACAGAAGCCAGCGCCGGCAGUGUCUCCAGAGCCCCGUCGCCAUUCCCCGGCGGUGUCUCCAGAGCCCCGGCGCCAUUCCCCAGGAAUGUCUCCAGAGCCUCGUCGCCAUUCCCCCGCUGUAUCGCCGGAGCCCCGUCGCCAUUCCCCUGCCGUGUCUCCAGAGCCCCGCAGAUACUCCCCAGCUGUCUCACCAGAGCUAAAGAAACCUCCUGCAGCAGUGUCCCCCGAGCCCCGACGCUAUGCACCAGCCGGCUCCCCUGAGCCUCGCAGGCAUCCUUCUCAAAUGCGUAGGCCCGCUCCCGCUGCUUCUCCUGAAAGCCGGAGGCCCGCUCCUGCGGUUUCGCCGGAGUCAUGGAGACCCGGUCCGACCGUUUCCCCUGAGCCCUGGAGAUCCACGCCUCACGAGGUGCAGAAGUCCUCUGCGGUUCCUUCCUGGGCCCCAAAGUCCGCCAUGUCGAUGUCCGUAGAAUCCCGGAGGUCUGCCCCUGAGUCCCGAAGGCCCGUUGUGUCGCCAGAGCCUAGGAGGUUUGUCUCUGACUCGUGGAAAUCUACAUCCUUUUCUGAAUCCCAGAAGUCUACUCUGGUUUCUUCUGAGCCGUGGAAACCCAUCUCAUCUGUUUAUCCUGAAGGCUGGAAACCUGUUCUGUCCCCUGACACGUGGAAGCAUUCUUCUCCAGUUUCUCCUGAGCUUCGAAAGUCUAGUCACACAGUUUCCUCUGACUCUUGGAAGCCUUUCUUUUCUGAGGUCCGUAAGCCUGGCGCUUCGGUGUCUCCUGACUCUUGGAAACUCUCUGAGUCACGGAAAUCUAUGUUUUUUUCUGAAUCUCAGAAAUCCACCUCUGCUGCUUCCUCUGAGGUUCAGAAACGGGCUCAUUUCCCCGAACCUCGGAAAAGAGCUCUGUUCCCAGAAUCUCGUAAAUCUAAUCCUACCGUGUCUACUGAUGUCCAGAAACGUGCUGUCUUUUCUGAGCACCAGAACCAGGUGUCUACUUCUGCUCUUUCUACUGAAGGCCAAAAACACGCCCUAUGUUCUGAAGCCCAGAAGCCGUCUCUUACUUCCCCCGAAGUUCAGAAGCACGCCCUAUUUUCUGAAGCCCAGAAACUUGCUUCCAUUUCCUCUGAAGUUCAGGAGCAUGCUUCCUUCCUGGAGUCUCAGAAAUCCAUUUCUCCUGAAAUUCAGAAACACGGCCUCUUCGCUGAGUCCCAGAAACCCGCUCUUUCCGUUUCUCCUGAGAACCCCAAACAAGCUGUUUUUACCGACUCCCAGAAAUCUGCCGUUUCCCCUGACGUUCAAAAGCACAGUGUAUUUUCUGAGAUGCAGAAGACUGCUGCUGCUUUGUCCUCUGAUGUCCAGAGACACGCUGAAACUACUGUACCUUCUGAAAUCCAGAAGAACAUGCUGUUUUCCGAGCCUCACAAACCUGCUCCGGGUUUUUCCUCUGAGCCCCAGACACCUAGUGAGUCUGGAGAGAGCGACUUUCUUUCUCACAGUUUAGAUGAUCAGAAACCACUGGAUGAUUUAUUCUCACAGGAUGAACAAUCAAUAUUAGCCAAAGAAUCACCAGAAGACAUGUUAUAUUCGUGCCCCAAAAAGAAGACCAAGAAGGAGAACCAGGAGAACUCAGAUUCCGAACUAAACAGCAGCGAGUGUGGAAAAAUGGAGAUGGACUCGAUGGAGAUGAAGGAGCAAGAAUCCAACAGUGACCAAGAGCAGUAUGAUAUGGAGUCGUCUGAUUACGGCAAGGAGAGCAAACUCGAUGUGACUACUCCCACGCAGCCACAGUGUGUGCUGCAGUUUACCGAAGAGAAGGAGGCUUUCAUCUCCGAGGAAGAAAUAGCCAAGUACAUGAAGCGUGGCAAGGGAAAGUAUUACUGCAAAAUCUGCUGCUGUCGGGCGAUGAAAAAAGGCGCCGUCCUGCACCAUUUGGUUAACAAGCACAACGUUCAGAGCCCGUACAAAUGCAAAAUAUGUGGCAAAGCUUUCCUUUUGGAGUCCCUCCUUAAAAAUCACGUUGCUGCUCACGGUCAGAGUUUGUUGAAAUGUCCACGUUGUAAUUUUGAAUCAAAUUUCCCCCGAGGCUUUAAGAAACAUUUGACCCAUUGCCAAAGCCGUCAUAGUGAUGAUACACCUAAAAAACACUUGGACAGCCUUGAACCACUCGAAGAGCAAAUUUAAUCUGGGUUUGGUUUUUUUUUUUCCCCCUUGUGCUAGGAAAGCUGAAUUACAGAAGUGUUCAGAAGUGUUGCUGUAUGUUAACAGAGUAGUUUAGUCGACCUGACAAGUCAGAAGAUGCAUGGUUUAUUGUACUAUGUUUAACUUGUCUUAUAGCUGUAUUACCAAAAUGAUUUCCUUUUGAAAGUCAUUUUCAAUACGUGCCCACGUCUUUGUAUUACCCAUCAGUAGAGUCAUAUUUUAUUUUUCAGAUGUACUACAUUUUUGAAACCAAAACGGAUACAAAUUAGUUUUAUAAAGAUUUGUAAAACACACAGGCAGUUCAGGACUGGAGUGGCAAAGCAAUCCAGGUGUGUUCCUGUGAAGGCCGAACUCCUUUUUUUUCCACAUUUGUUAAAUGUCGUGUUUUUCAAAAGGUUUUUAAUCAAAUUCUCAAAAUUCUCGCCCAAUUGAAUGUGUGAGUGAGCCAAGCAUGAGAAACCACCAAUCCUUCUGGAAUUAUUCCGCCCUGAGGUUGUAAUUGAGUGCAUAGUCAUCCCUUUGAAAUUUAUUGUACUCAAUUCUCUGACUUCCUCGUCUCACAAUUAAAAGCAUCAAGGUACUUACUUUGUGACUUUGUAUUUUGGCCAUGUUUUAAAGCAUGUAUUGAUAUACCUUAAAUUGAUGGAUUAACGUCAGACUAUGUAUAGCUCAACACUUUCCCUUGAUGAUUCAGAUGUUUGUAAUGUCAGAAACCCCCUAAAUUUCUUGUAUUUGGUGAAAUGUUACGCUUUAAGCUUUUAACAAUAAAAAGAAACCCAACCUGG